CUUAGAGCAUUUUUUACCAUUUAGUUUGAGGAGAGGCGAAUCUCGUUUCACAUGAAUCGCAUAAGUUAGGGAGUUUUAAAGUGUAAUAAAUAGUGAUUUACCAAAUAAAUAAAUAACCGUGGAUAUUACCUCGAGACUUGCAAAGUCUCUGAAUUUGGAUUUGCUGCCAAAAAUCGUGACCAAAGCCCAAAAAAUGCUCCCAUUUGACACCAAACAAAGGUAAAGAAAAGGAAAAUGGGACUGGCAGGACCUCCUCUCAGACGACGUGGCUACUAUUUCCUCUUUGUCAUCGUCGUUCUGGUGCCACUGACAAUACUUUUCCUCAUCAUUGGACCAGAUCUUUCAGCCGAACAGACCCUAUCACAGCGCGUAGCUGAAUUUCAGAUCCGUCUGCAGUACUUGGAAUCCAUGUACAGAGCUCGUCAGGAAGAUGUGGCGAUCCUAUCUCAGUAUUUGGGAAUGUCAAAUGCCGCAAAUGGGGUCAGUGGUUCGGGUGGGGUUCAGGAUGGCUCCAAUAUCACUCUAAAUGGUGCCAUCUUGGAUGCUCUGAGUCCAGAAGCCAGGGCUAUUUUGCGAAAUAUGACCAAUGCAGCCCGUUUCCCUUCAACUUUGCGAAUGCCUACUGCCUUUCACUUCCUGCCCCAUCUCCUGGACGAUCCAACAUCCCUCAGACCGGCCUUUCUGAUGUCCAGAGGACGUCAAAGUGUCUCUGUGGUCUUGGGUAUUCCCACGGUGAAACGGGAAAAGCAAUCUUAUCUACUGGGUACUCUUCACAAUCUCAUCACCAACAUGAAUGAGGAGGAGCGCAACGAUACGAUGAUCCUCGUGUUCAUCGGUGAGACUGACCUAGACUACGUGCAGCUGGUGGCGAAACAGAUCGAAGUGAGAUUUAGUUCUCACGUGGAAAGUGGCCUAAUUGAAGUAUUUUCCCCACCGGCAGCAUACUAUCCCAAUCUUGAUGCUCUCCGGAUGACACUCAAUGAUCCUCCCGAGAGGGUCAAGUGGCGGUCUAAACAGAAUCUAGAUUUUGGCUUCCUCAUGACCUAUGCUCAACUAAAGGGCACCUUCUAUGUACAACUAGAAGAUGACAUCCUGGCCAAAAGGGGCUUCAUCACGACAAUGAAGAAUUUUGCACUGGAGAAAAGUGUUCGCAAAGAUCCGUGGUUCGUCCUGGAUUUCUGUCAACUCGGGUUCAUUGGGAAACUCUUCAAGUCAGCUGAAUUGCCAUGGGUAAUCACCUUUUUGCAGAUGUUCUACAACGAUAAACCCGUGGAUUGGCUCCUGGAGCAUCUGAUCUACACAAAAAUUUGCAACUGGGAGAAGGAUAUGAAACACUGCAAGCAGGAGAAGGCCAAAUUGUGGAUUCACUACAAGCCAUCGCUGUUCCAACACAUUGGAACAACAUCAUCGCUCAAGGGGAAGGUGCAGAAGUUGAAGGAUAAGCAAUUCGGCAAGAUACCUACAUUCUACUCACACAGCAAUCCAAAGGCUCAAGUCAAAAGUGCCAUAGUAGCGUACAAAACUCACACCCUCAGACGAGCCUACGACGGAGAGACCUUCUUCUGGGGCCUGCUGCCACAGCCCGGUGACCAGGUGGAGUUUAUCUUUCCCAAAGCCAUCCCUCUGCGCAAAUAUCUCUUCCGGAGCGGAAACACCGAACAUCCGUCUGAUAAGUUCUACAAUACAACGGUUGAAAUUCUACCGAGUGGAUUGGAUGAGGCAUCACCCAUUUGGAGUACAUACAAUACUACCACUGAUGGUUUCCUGAUUGUGGGCAGUUUUAGUAGCUUUGGCAUUGCUGAGGGCAUCCUAGAGCCCAAAAUUGGCAAAGUUAAGGAGAUCAGACUACAUGUGCACAGUGACAGCGAAAAUUGGGCCAUUCUAAGUGAGAUUCAUCUCGAGGAGAGCAGUGCAAGAUGACCUAAAAGCAAAAACACGAAUUUAUGGCAAACACUGCAGAGAAACUUUUCACUGCACAAGGUUACAAACCCUUAAAAAAAACAUCCCCAAAAACCAAGAUUGUGAAAAAGGCUUCUUAGUGGCAUUAUUGAUUGGUAGAAAAAGAGAUAAAAAAAAUUACAUAAAAAAUAACCUAUGAUUACAACUGUGAUAACAAAUAUUUACGAUGUAAUAAUCGAUUAAAGAACCCUCUGAUUAACCUAGUCUCAUGUGUAGGAAGAAAUUUUAAAUGAAUAUUUCGUAUUAUUUUCUUUCCAACGCAAGUUAUAAAAAAAAUAAUGUCGAAGAGAGAAUUCAAUUCAGGAUCAUGAAAAAAAAUAUUGUAUUUAUGAUAUUAGCAUUUUAAUUGUAUAAAUAAUAUUGUAUUGGAAUAUUUCUUGGCCAUAAGGAAAUUGAUGUUAACUCAGAAAUAUUAUAUUUAGAUUUAACAUUUUAAUCAUGGCGUGGGAAUUUAAAAAUCAUUUUACAUUGUAAUUCAAAUUGAAUUACCGUUUAUUUAGUUAACAAAAUUUAUUUGUUGAAUCUCUAUUUUAUGAACAGCAAUAACUCUGAAAUUUUUUGUUAAAAGGAAAUUAUACAAAUUUAGUUUUUUUGGGUUCUUAAAAACAACAACAAAAAAACUCACCAUCUCUAGAAUUCUCACACCAUGCACAUAAAACCCAAGAUAAAACCGUAGAAAUCUCAAAACACAGAUAAUAAAAAAUAAACAUUAACAAAACAUUAACCGUUGAAAUAAAAAGGGUCAACGACCAAAUAUUUAGAACAAAAAUCGAAUAUUCACAAUAGUAUUUUACGAAGGAAGAUGUAGUAGAUGUUUAAAAAAAGGUAUAUAAUAGAUAUUUUUGCAUCAGCAACAAACAGCUAUAUGAGCAAUGUAAAAACCAUUAUAUGCAUUAGCAAAAAAAAGAAAAUGAUGGAAAUUAGUAAAACUCAUUAAAUGGAAUUAAGCUUAAAAAAAAAACAAAACAUAAAAUAAAAUCUCCAAAUGUGAAUCUCAAGAAGAAAAAACUAAAUGAAUCUCAUCUUUUUGAAAAGCUGACAAAACCGAAGAAUAAUGCAGAAUUUGCAUAACAAAGAAAAAAAAUCGAGUAUUUUGUAAAUUAUUAUAUACGAAAAAAUAAAACCCAAAACAGCUAUUUAAUGUGUCAAGUAAUUUCUGUAGUGAUAUUGUUUAAAUGUAUUAUAUGAAAAUGAUUGUAAGAUGAUGAAAUUGUCCAAGAACCACACCAAAAGAAAUUGAAUGAAAGAUUAAAAUGGAAAAAAAUUGUGAGGAAA